GAAAGAGUAGGCCAACUUGCACCUCGUGGUCAUCCUGGACCUCCUCGUGAAGGAGUAGGCCAACCUAGACCUCAUGGAGGGGUAGCACGAGUGCAACCAAGGCUGACAAUAGUUCCUGGCACUCGAGCUCCUGGCUCAAGAACAGGCGUCUUAGAUUCAAAGCAGAUCCAAGAGCAGAUACCGACACAACGACAACGACUGCCCUUAUUGGAAGCUGGUGGAGAAUUAAGGCUUCAGGUAAUCCAUCCUCACGAGCAUCUUGAGGCCUUCUUCUACGGGGAAAGCAGGGGCAGGAUGACUUUCAAGAUGGAUUCCGGGAAGCUCUAAGAGAAGGAGACGGAGAACGAGAUGGACGUCAUGGAGUGGUGGGUGAUCUGAAUACGACACAGUUUGUACCACCAGCAUUGGCCGCAAGGAGCACUAGAUCAGCACUUCUUGGUAAAAUAAGCAGCAGGAGUGGAGAAGGAGAUGCUGUAGAUGAAUCUCUAGCAAAUAGCCAAAGAAUAAGUGAUUUUGAGCAGGAUGCAGUGGCAGAGCACUAUAGCCAAAGGAGAAUCGGUAUUGGUCAGGGUGAUUCAGGACAAGGACGACUAGUUACAGAGAAUCAUGGUCAAAGGACAAGAACUGACGGUGAUGAAGUUGCAAUUUUAGUAGAAAAUCAUGGACAUGGUCCAAGAGCAGGAGGAAUUGAAAGACAAGAAAGAGAAAGAACAAUUAUGACAUCGAAUACAGCAGCCGCUGGCCCGCUCCUUCCUCCUGCGCUUUUGGACCUACAGCGAUCGUCUUCUGCCGAAAUAAUACGACACGAUUUGUACCGCCAGCACAAGACACUGCUGAAGAUGGAUUUUCCUUAGUUUUAACACUGGCAGAAGUAGAUCAACGAUUACGGCAAUGGGCAAAGGCGACCUUGCAGGAAGAAGACAACCAGCUGCACAGUUUCGGAAGAACAACAGCCUCGUCG